GGGGUUGAAAGCGGGUCAUUGCAGGAAUUCAUUAGCCAAAAAGCCCGCCCGGUCGUAUGAUGAGUUGCUGGAGAGAUGUACUAAGUACAUGAAUAUGGAAGAAACUGAGGCAGAUUUCCAAGCCCAUGACCGAGCUCGGGGAAAGAAACAGGAGGAAAAACAUAAGCUAGAUGAUAGAAAGUCAGGGGGAAAGGACUACAGGGGUGACGAUAGGGGGCGCUUAGGGUUCAAGUAUGAGCAUUAUACACCACUAACAUCACCAAGGGGGCAAGUAUAUGAGAUGUUGGAAAGGCGGGGGGAGACUAAGAUGUUCGGAAAGCCCCAGCCCCUACCAAAAAGGUCUGGGAAGGCCCCGGUGAAGGGGGAUCCUUAUUGUAGAUAUCAUCGUGACUACGGGCAUUGGACAAAUCACUGUAAGGAGCUCAAAGAUGAGAUUGAGAGAUUGAUAAGGGCCGGACACUUAAAGGAGUUUGUGGUACAAGAUAGAGGGAAGAAAGAUGAUACUGAAGGAGUUGAUCGGAAGAGGAGGCCAGAGGAGCAGGGAGAAAGGGCUCUGAAAAGGGGUGUGAUCCAUAUGAUAGCAGGAGGACCAACGGACGGAGAUUCUAAUGCAGCCAGGAAGGCCAACCUAAGGGCUGAUUGGGAGAGCGUGGCUGAGGUUCAGAUCGUUCAACCCAUACCAGACUUGACCUUUGGAGCGAGGGACUCUCAAGGAGUUCUGACACCCCAUAAUGAUGCGUUGGUGGUGACAGCGGAGAUCGCGAACUAUGACGUGGAGAGGAUAUUGGUUGAUACUGGGAGCUCGGCGGAUAUUAUGUUUUACGAGUGUUUUAGGAAGAUGGAUCUGGGGAUGGAGAUCACACCAAUCACAACUUCGUUGUUUGGCUUUAGUGGCGCUGAAGUAGUGCCGUUAGGGGAAGUGCAGUUGACCAUGGCCUUGGGUACUCCCCCGCUCAGGAAGGUGAAAGCGGUUCGUUUUGUGGUGGUGAAGGCAGACUCGGCUUACAAUGUCAUCUUAGGGCGACCCAGCUUGAACUCGUUCCAGGUCGCAGUCUCAACAUAUUGCAUGAAAAUGAAGUUCCCAGUGGGCGAUCUUGUUGGUGAAGUGACGGGAGACCAAAGGUUGGCGAGGAGCUGUUACCAGACGGUGUUGGAGGCGGGUCACAAGAGAAAGAGUAUGGAGACUGCCUCAGGAAAGGUCAAGGAUGAGAGUUCGAGCAGGGGCAAGGAAGCCAGGACAGAGGUGAUCCCGCAAGACGAACUAAUGGAAAUUGCCCUCGUGGAAGGGGAGUGCGAGAAGGUGACGAAGAUUGGAGCGGCAUUGCAGGAACCUAUCAGGACGCAGCUGGUAACCCUGUUACGGGAGUAUGUAGAUAUUUUUGCUUUUACCCCGGAGGACUUGGUGGGCAUUGAUCGCGAGGUGGCCGAGCAUAAAUUAAACAUCGAUCCAAAGAUCAGGCCUGUCAAGCAGAAGCGUCGACAUUUCGGAGCAGAAUUAGAUGUUGUUAUUGGAAAGGAGGUGGAAAAGAUGAUCCAGGCAGGGCACGUUAAACCCAUCCAGUUCCCGGAGUGGCUCUCGAAUCAAGUGAUGGUGAAGAAGGCAGAGAACAAAUGGCGCAUGUGUAUGGACUUCCGCGACCUUAACAAAGCAUGCCCUAAAGAUCAUUACCCUUUGCCGCGCAUUGAUCAAUUGGUAGAUUCGACGGCGGGAUGUGAGUUGUUGAGUAUGAUGGACGCAUCGCAAGGAUAUCACCAGAUACCGCUGGCUGUGGAGGACCAGAAGAGGGUAAGCUUUGUUACAUCGAAGGGGACUUAUUGUUACAUUGUCAUGCCUUUCGGUUUACGCAAUGCGGGGGCAACCUAUCAGAGGAUGGUGGAUAAGAUGUUUUCGGGACAAUUAGGAAGAAAUAUGGAGGUAUAUGUAGAUGACAUGUUGGUGAAGAGUCAUCAAGAAGGCGACCACGUGGGAGACUUAAGGGAGACCUUCAGAACUUUAAGAAGGUAUAAGAUGAAGCUAAACCCUGCUAAGUGUAAAUUUGGAGUGAGAUCGGGAAAGUUCCUGGGAUACAUGGUCACUGAGCGUGGUAUUGAAGUAAACCCAGAGAAGGUGCGGGCGGUACUUGAUAUGCAACCGCCUAGGACCAUCAAAGAAGUGCAGAUCCUCACGGGAAGGUUGGCGGGUCUUAGUCGAUUCAUAGCACGCGCAGCAGAACGAAGUUUUCCAUUCUUUCGAGCUUUGCGAAAGGGAGCUCGAUUUCAGUGGUCGGCACAGGCGCAAGAGGCCUUUGAUAAGUUAAAAGAAUUUUUGGCCGCCCUACCUCUGCUCACCAAACCAGAUCCGAUGGACGUGCUUAUCUUGUAUCUUUCGGUGGGUGAAGUGGCCAUUAGCUCGGUGCUGUUGAAGGAAGAUGGAGGGGGGCAGCAGCCGAUCUAUUAUGUAAGCAAAUUGUUGCAGGGGGCGGAGAUGAAGUACGCCGAGGUGGAGAAGGAGGCCUUGGCCCUUAUUAUUACCGCUAGGAAAUUGAGACCUUACUUUUUAUCACAUAUGAUCGUUGUACGCACAAAUUUCCCUCUGAGCGAAACGUUAGGCAGACCGUCAGCUUCUGGUCGGAUGGUUAAAUGGGCGGUCGAGCUGGGGGAGUAUAAUGUUAGUUUCGAAAUGAGAAGAGCGAUCAAGGCACAGGCUUUAGCGGAUUUUAUUCAGGAGGGCACGAUGGAUGAAAAGCCAG